AUUAACCGGUUUAUUCAACCGGUGAAUUUUAAAAAGUGCUCAUUACCUCCAUAAGAGCCUUUGCCGCCAAAAUUAAGUGUGACAGCUGUCAGAAUCAAACUUGAAAAUGUAAAUAAACAAUCAAAUCCCCACUGGUCAUAACGAAUCAAGAAGGAAGUUAAUCAUUUUUCUAAGGAAAAUAGGCUCACGUUAAAAGCACUAAAUUUAAUUUAAAAUAUGCUCUCCACAUCACUUGCGUCCCAGUCCAUUUUCUCUCCAAGACAAACACAGCACCACUUGCUGCCACACUCUGAAGAAUUUCGUAAAGUUUUGGAAGAAACUGGGAUUACUUUAACUGGAGGAUCCAAUCAAACACAUGUUAUACAUAAGGAACAAGCUUUAAUAGUCAGAGCGCUUACAGAGAGGUUUCAGAUCCAUGACAAUCAAACUGUGUGUACAAAUUUUCUGGCAGGACUGAAAUAUUUAUGUAAAAAAGAAAAACACUUCAGAAAGUUUCUUCUUCCAACAAUUUUUCAGCGGUCUUUGGACAGUUCAAAUGCCAUUUAUCAGGAUAGUCUUUUUGGACUCUUUCUAAAGGUACCCAAACUCCAAGAUGAUAUUAUUGAAUUGCUACUAGAAGGAAUCACAAUAGCUGCCAUGGAUGACACUCAAGAUACUUCAUGGCUUCGCACCUUAUUAAAACCGCUACGAUGCCUGCCCACUGUUAAAAAUGGUAAGAAUCUUACCAAAAAACUUUUGGAUAUUCUUGAAAUCGCUUCUUUCGCUUGCCAGCUUGAGAUUUUGGAGGCUAUUCCUGAAAUUUUACCUGAUAACCAGUGUGAACUAGCAGCCAAACAACUGACAAAGUUGUUGGAUGAGAAUGAACAGCUUUGCGGUCCUAUAAUUGAUUGCCUGACUGCAUUACAUGUAGAAUCUGAUAUAAAGACAGAAAUUCAUGAUAGGAUAAUGGCAAGAAUUAUGGCAGGCGUUUCUUUAAAGGUCUAUCUGAUCCUGAUCAAGUUUCUAAUAAGUGAUUAUAAAUCACAAGCCGUUCCUACAAUGUUACUUAAGAUAAGAAAUUCAUUGGAUAAUAUAGUGGGGAAUAGUUCAAGAGGAAAAGACUCUGAUAAGACACUUAUAUUUCAUUAUCUUCAAACUUCUGCUGUAACACAGAGGGUUGUUGCGGAACAGUGGUUAACUUUAAUAUCUAACAUAAAGGUUUCUGCUGACCAUAAGCCAAUUGAUUUGUUAAUAAUUUUUAUGCUACAUCACACAUCGGAACUUAGGAAGAAAGCGGUAGAAAUGGUGUUCCGUAAAAGAGUGAGUUCAGGACUAUUUAAACUCAGCUUAUUAGAAAAAAUGUUUGACAAAUAUAUGACUCAGCAAUUGCUUAAAGAUUAUGUAACUAAUAUUAUUAAAAUCGGAUGUUCUCUAUUGAGGUUUUCGAAAGAUAGUAUCGUUGCCAAGUUCGCUACUUUCAUGUUUGACUGCCUUUUUAAUCAUCCUUAUACAGGGGCUGUUUACAGAGGAGAAAUUUUGUCUAACCUUAUCUGCCUUAUUGGUUCGAAUGACCAUUGUACAAUCAACACAGUUUUAAAGCUCAUCCUUUUACUGGUUGAAAAAGAACCUCAUAAGGUCCAAACUCAUAUUCCCAUAUUAAUGCAGAUGCUUGAAAAGCUUGAGAGUCUAGAAUUUAAAGAUGUAAAACUAGCAUUUGAUAUUCUUUGUAGUGUGCUUUGUGGUGCAAAUGCUGAAGAUUCAUUGUCAGGUUUUAAAGACCAAAUAUUUAAUACUGUGAGAAAAGAGCUAUCAUGCUCUGACAGAACUAUCAAGCAUAGGGGAAUAAUAAGUGCCAUUGUGAUGGUUAAACAUAUAGCUGCCGGAGAGAGUGAUCAAUCAGAUGAUGUAUCUUUUAUAGAUAAGUCAACCAGUGUAAGAAACCUUCCAAGAGGACCUGCAAGGGAAGCAGUAGAGUUGCUUGAGCUGGUGAGUUGUGCCACAGGAGACACUCCCGAACUACUGUGUUUGUAUUACGACCAGCUCGCGUCGAUUCUCGCAAGUGACCUGGUUUUCAACAAAUAUUUUUUAUAUUGGCUAUAUAAGAAGGUUGAGGAUCACUUUCAGUCAAUUUUUAUUACUAGUUCUGUACCAGAACCUAAUGAAGAUCUCCGUUUUUCAAUUCAGUAUAUGUUAAAUAGGCCAGAAGAAAUAAAUGAUAUUGCUGCAAUUAAUAUUGCCAGCUAUACAAUUAGUAAGGAUAGAAAAAUCCUUCUUUUAGCACCGUAUUUUAGAGUAUUAAGGCUUUUGCAUUUUAGACAACAUGAACAUUUAUCUGAAAUUGAUGCUCUUUUAGGUUGUGGUGUAAUUCUGCCAGAUGUAGAGGAUGUGGAUGAUCUUGAUCCUACACAAAUAAAGUAUGUAGUUGACUGUUUGUUUUAUUGCGCUAAUUGGUUUAGGGAAGUUAUUAGUGCUUUUGUAUCACAAAAAGAUUUAAAAAUACAAGAACGUGUUGUUAAGAGAUUGCAAAAUUUGAUAGAAGUGGAGAAAAAAAUGGUAGAAUAUUUAAAACAUGUGUCUGGGCAUAACCUGCCUUUAAGCUACUUUGAUUCUUUGCAUAAUGUGAGCAAACAGCUAGCUAUAAAGUCCGAUAAACCUGCUAAGCCUCCUAAAAAAAAAUUUAAAUCGGCUGCAGUUGUAAAUGAAACUCAAAAUAAUACAACUGCUACAACCUCUCAAGAUUUAAGCCGAUCAGUUGCUACGAGUUCAAAAAAAGCCGCUCAACACCAAUCACAGCAUAUUCAAUUGAGACAGCUAGACACAGAUCUGAUUCGGUUAAUAAAGUAUCCCUUAAAUAUUAAUGCUAGCCGAGAACAAUCUGGAAAAAUAACAUUGAAUCUAUGCCAAAUCAAGUUUAUUUUAGACGAUUUUGUUAACAAGCUUGCUAUCCUUACUCAAAACAAAGAUGUUGGUCUAUCGCACCUUAAUGAUGUUAAGCCGGAGUAUCUUAUCAGAGAUUGUGCGGUUAUAGUCCGAUAUGUUAAUAAUUUUCUUGAGAUUAUCGUGAAACAAAUUAAUAAACUACUGCAAGAGGAAGAAGAUGCACAAUACCAUGAAGAAGCAACAAAUAUUAAAAUUUGCUUUGGCAGUAUUCUGGAAACAUACCGGCUCAUAUUUCAAUGGUCAGGUUUUCAAGAGCCCGGCAACGUUGAUUUACUAAGAAAUAUAUUAAAGCAUACCGGAGAUUCAGGCAGCACCCAAAACUCAGUUAAUAGGCUUAUAGUAGAAUUUAUUAAUAAGCUUAGUGGUUUUUCAGUUAAUUGUCUUCAUUUAAAUCAUGCAGUCAGCUUGAUAAAGAUAAUGGAAACGCUUUAUUCGCUUACUUUGCCAAAUAAAGAUCUUCAGAAGAAGAUUUGUUGUACAGCAGAAACGUUAUUAAGUAGAAGGUGGUAUGAUUUUAGUGGCAAAUUAGACCAGGGUCAAAUGUGUAACAGAAAUAUUGAUGUCUUAAUAAAAGCAUAUUUUAAAGAUACUAAAAUGAAUUCUAUAUCUAAGUUGGUGUCUAUUAUUCUGGAAGACAUCGCUUCCCUGGAGCCUAAAGAUGGAAAUUUAACCCAGCUUCCAGCCAUAGAUCAUAAAAAUUUUCAUGUUUUUUAUUUGGGGUUAUGUAAUGCUUUAUUAAGUGCUCUCAAAACUGAGAUACAAACCUUAACCAACAAAGAUCAUAUAGUUUUAUGGGAUUCCAUUACUGAUACAGUCACAAGCCUAAAAAUUAUUGCUAAAGAGCUAAAAAAUCGUAGCAAUCUAAGCUGUUUCCUUAAAAAAACUAUAUGCAUAUUAAAAGUGUUCCUUACCCAAGGAAUUCCAAUUAUUGAACUUGUGAUGAAGCGUUAUCCUAGAGAGGUCCAGAAAAUCCUUAAAUCGGUCCAAGCCACGAUGACUUUUCUCCAUAACCUUUGCUGCCAGUCGAAAAUAACUCGUGAUGCUUCAGUGGUCGCUCAUAUUCCGUCAUUUAAACAUACCAUAGAAUCAAUCAUUUAUAGGGUGAAAGCUGCUUUAGUAGCCAACGAUUGCUCGGCAGCGUUUUGGCUGGGUAAUUUAAAAAACAGAGACAUGGAUGGCGAGGAUAUUGCUAGUCAAAGCACUGUAAUCUCUUCAGUUCGUAAUGAGGGUCGAGAAGAAAUUGACAAUGACCAGUUACCUAGUGAUGAUGAUGAUGAUGAUGAACAUAUUAUUGAUGAAGAGGUUUCGGAAAGGGCGGGUGGUGAUAGUGAAUCGAUGGAGAGUGAGGUUUUUGGAUGAAAUAUUUCUUGAAUCGCGGUUCUUCGUUUACUGUUCUGUAAUAUACUAGUAAUUAUUUGUUUUGUACUAUUACGUUUCGGUUUUGUUAGUUCAUAAAUUAGAUUUAUAUAGAAAGAUUUUUUUACUGUUAUAUAUUAUUCAUUAAUAUAUAUUAUAUAUUUACAAAAAAA